AUGGGUAUGGGGGCUGGGGUAGAAAAAAACCAGAGGGAGGGGGCGAUGGGUCUCGAUGGGGAAGGGGGGGAGCAUAGAAGAAAUCGGUUGCAUUGGAGCACCAUGUAUGAGAUAAGGGUAGGAACAAAAUACAAAUUGGAUUGUCUUAGAGUCUCUUCAGUUGCUCGGUUUGACAUCAACAAAGCUACAAAGCUAGACUCCGUUGAGGGGGGAGGAAUAGGUUUCUGGGAUCUGCGCAGGGAGGGGUGGGUUGCAGGUGGGGGGGGCGAUAGCUUUCCGGGUUCUGCACAGGGAGAGGGGUUGGUUGUGGGUUGUGGGUUGCGGGUUGGGGGGUGGGGGGAGGGGGGGAGCGAUGGGUUUCUGGUGGGUGGGGGGGUUACAGGGAUAGAGACGGAAGAGGUGGAUUUGGUGCUACUGGGGGAGAAGGGAUGGGGGCAAUGUGAAACAUUAAACCUUGGUCAAGGGGGCAAAGUGAAUCACUUUAACUUUAAGAGCACUUCCACCAAUUUGCCAUGGCAAAGAGCAAAGGCAAGGCAAGGGUUGUUACUAUUUAUGGGAUGUGCGUCAACACGUGACGUUCUUCUUUUGGAUGCGGUGUGGUUGUGCGUGGGCGUGCCAGCACGGUCUACCGUGCGUCGAGAUGAUGAUGAGGUUCGGAUAGAAGAUGGUUUAAAUGUUGUGCCUGUUUUGCGUUCGACUUCUAAUCAAACGAUUGUGGCCGAGAGAGGAACUGAUCUCGGCCGCGGUGCUCCAGCGCGUUGCUCAGAGAGCGACGGUCGUAUGAUAUAUGGGGUGAAUGAGACGAUAACAGAGAUGGUGCUCCGACGCCUUGAAAAUCAAGGGUUUCUUGAGCUUAGUAUUUAUAGGAGGAGUCCUAGAGGGACAAUCGAGACUGACAAGACCUGCGUGGUAGAGCCUGACCGGGGCAAGUGGGUAGUCAAAUCGGCAUUUGGGAUCGUGAAGCAUGGUGGUUUGGGGUUGAGAAGCAUGGUGGAAGGCGAAAUGCUUGACGAAACGGUAGGCGCCAGGGCCGAAGGAAAGUCCCUUCAAUUAGUUUAUGACCGUGAUUUAUUAGGCACAAACACCGUGUUGCUAGAUGCAUUCUUGGUAGAAUUACUCCCUCUCUUCGCCUUCGCCGCCUUCCUCCCAAUAGGCCACGGCUCCUUUUCGAUAGCUAGAGGUCAGGCUGGUUUGGCCUGCGGGCUGGCCCAGUUACGUGCGUCCCAUCGCUUGCCCUGGCAAGCAAGGCCUGUUGGAAGCACUUCCCAGGAUUUGGGCCCUGUCCUGCCCAGGCUGCAGUUCAUUGCUGGAAGUGCUCUUAACGUGGUUGAACAGCAGAGCAGAGCGGCAGGCCGGGAGCAGACGAUGAAAUUGUUUGACGCACACUGUCACUUGCAAGACCCAAGAAUCUUUGACAAGGCACCCCAAUUGAUUGCAGCAGCCGUUGAUUCUGGCGUUGUUCGUUUUGCUGUUAAUGGAGUCUCUGAGAAAGAUUGGCAUUUGGUCAAGCAGAUUAGUGAGUCCUAUCCUUGCGUAAUUCCCUGCUUCGGUCUCCAUCCCUGGUAUGUUGCAGAGAGGACACUCAAUUGGCUCAACACUUUAAAACAAUUCUUCGAGGCUACUCCCUCUGCUGCAGUUGGAGAGAUUGGCUUGGACAAAGGUUCACAAGGGAAGAAGGUUGAUUUCACAGAUCAGGUUAAUGUAUUCAGGCAACAACUUGGAAUUGCAAAAGAGUUAAAAAGGCCAGCAUCCAUCCAUUGUGUUCAUGCUUUUGGAGAACUUCUUCAGAUAAUGAAGGCCCGUAGGUUGAUUCUGCAGUUAGAUGUUUUCAUGCAGAACAACCUUGGAGAAGGCAUAAUUUGCUUUUCCAUGGCAUCUUUGGGUCCUUUUCCUGCUGGCGUCAUUCUUCAUUCUUACCUAGGUUCUGCUGAGAUGGUUCCUGAAUUUGCCAAUCUAGGUGCUUACUUUUCUUUCUCUGGAUUUCUUAUGUCCAUGGAAGUACACAAGGCAAAGAGGAUGCUGAAGAUGGUGCCUUCUGAAAGAAUUUUACUGGAGACAGAUGCACCUGAUGCAUUACCCAAGUCUGAGUUAGAUUCUGCGCAUCUGGUUGAAGGAGCUUCCCUCCCUGAAGAGCUUCAGUCAAUAGAAAUUUCCUCAGCUCCAUUUGAUGGUGCAAGAGAUGUAUCAACAUUUCCAAAAGAAGCACUAAAUCACCCAGAAAAUAUUCACAAGGUACUCAUCUAUGUAGCAUCUUUGGUAGAGAUGACCAAAGAAGAACUCGCUGAAGUAACUUACCAAAAUGCAUUGAGCAUUCAUGAGUUUAGCAUGAGAGAGAGAGAGCUACAAUUUCCAGAAGAGAAGAUGAGAGGAGAUGGAGGAAUAUGGCUCGAAAUUGCAGGGGUUUCUGGGAUGAGAGAUGAUGAUUGCUCUAUGGAUGUGUGUUUAUGGAAAGAGAGGAAGAAGAUGGAAGCAUGGGUGGCUUUAGCAUAUUUCCAGCAGCUUGACGAAAGCUUCAUCAAGCUCCUGGGUGAUUUGACAGAAGAGAAAAUAGGAAGCAAUGGAAGAACAAGGCUUGAAAUCGAAGGGGUUUCAGAGGGGAUGCUUGCCUUCGAUGAAUUCUUAUGGUUGCUGGGAGGCUUGCAGCAACCAAGGCAGCUGGACUUCUCCAUGUGGGCGAUGAGCCAUCCACUUUUGUUUCUUGUUUUCUUACCAAAGCUUGAAGAGAAAGAAUGGGUAAGGGUGCUAGUCAAAAAAGUGGCCUGUGAGUUUGCUCAGGCUGCUGGAGACAACCUAUUUGAUCAAGCUAUUGGGACACUCCUCUCUCAUGCUUAUCCAUAUGUUUGGGCUCAAGAAAUGAGCUCGAGUUUUGGUGCUCCUAGGCAGCCCAAAACUUCAACUUCUUGGCCCAUCAAUGAGCCUCGUGAAUACUUGGCGAAAAGACUAGAAGAAGAGCUUUUCGCACACGAGAUUGCCGGUGGCGAUGUGAGGGACGCUAAGGAGGUUGGAGAGGCUAGAGGCAUAGGUGCCUUUGCCAACGUCUGGGAAGUCAGGGAAGACCCAUGGACAUUCAUGUCCGUCAUGUUGCAUAAGAAGCGAAUUUUUGUUGAUGAUAGAAGAAGGCGUUGUGACGUCAAUUUCAGAAUUUAG